UUGGUUUGCUUCUGCUUCUGCAGCUUUCAGUUGAAAUCUGAUGUCUCAAGCUACGGAAAAGAAAUGUCACCAACCGAAUGUGAACAUUAGGAGUGCAACGGGCAAAUGCUUGAAAUCUCAAUAUUUGAACUGAGAAACAUGGUAACAGAACUGGAAAAAAGUCUUAGCAGUGUUGAAGAUGAAGGUAAUGAAUGGAAAACCAGAUAUGAGACACAAGUAGAAUUGAACAAACAGCUGGAAAGGCAAAUUAAUAUUCUUCAAGAGAAGAUGGAGCUUUUUUGUGGCAAUCCAGCAGAUAAAUUGGCCAUUAUUCGCACCUUUGAUCAAAUGCCUGUGGGUUCCUUAAAGGAGGUUCUUAAACAACUACAAGAAGAGAAGAAAAGUAUACGGAAUCAGCUAAAAGACUAUGAACUUAGACUGGAACAAGAAGCAAAGGCUUACCACAGAGCUAAUGGUGAGCGGCGCAGGUACCUCGCAGAGAUCUUACAG